CGCGCCUGGUUGCCUGCCUGCUGGCUCCAGCACUGGAGGAUAGAGAGACUGUCACAACGACAUUUUAUUUCCUCCACCCUCUCAAAUUGUAUCUCUCUCUGAAGGUAGCACAGUUGAAGGCUGGCGUUAAUUAAAGUGCAGGACGGAAGUGUAAGAGGCAUUUGCUUUAAAGGACUGGCAACAACAACAAAAACAAAAAAUAGAAACUUGAUUUAAACAUCAGCUUUGAAGAUUUGUUUUUAUUAACUACACAACCAUAUCACAGGCUUGAUGGCACCAAUGAUGUUUGCAGAAGAAUUAGUCUGUUAUUUCUACUAAAGGUUUAAGUAGGUGAUAAUAAAAACGCAUCCAGGAGUCUGGGUCUAACUAAAUCUGUGGAGAUGUUUUUUGUUCUUUUUGCAAGCAGGAUCCACUGGGAUUGUGAAUUAUAAAGUAAUAAGAUAACGAAGAACGUGAAUCAGUGUUGAAGAGGACGGUUUUCAGUUUAGCUACAAAAGUGGCGGUGCUCCCUUCCCUUACCUAGUGCUGCCGAGUCUUAAAGUAUAAAAUCUCAGAGGGGUGUCUGGAGAGGAAACGACACUGCUUAGGGUUGUCUGGGUUUUUAAUCAUAUCAUAUGUGCGGAAUACUUUUCCGUUCGCUAAGUUGGAUUUAAAACAGCACAAAGGGACAAUACCAUAUCCUUGGAAAGUGGCUUAUUUCACACCUUAAUGAUUUUUUUCCUGCUGCUUUCCCAAGUGUUAUUAGCAGAAACUGUUUUUUUUUUUAAAUAUAUAUUAUUUAUUUAUUUAUUUUUUACUGCGCACAUUUCCCAUUUUUUCUGGAGCACAUCCUUCGUUGUUACAUUUAAUGAACACUACUACCACAGUCGCCUUCUUCAUCCCUUACAUGCAGUGUAGUAGAGCGGCGACAGUAGUAUUCGUUCUGGUUUUGUCCCGGGAUCAAUACGAUGACCUCCUUGGGAGCCCAGAAGAUGUCCAAAAGUGAGAAGUUGGACGAGGCACAGGCGCUCGCGAGGAGCUGCGCAGGUAGACCCGACUUUCUGCCUUGUGACGGGCUCUCAAUCUGUGCCACACAUAGCCACGGGAAGUGUUUUAAACUGCACUGGUGCUGUCACCUCGGCUGGUGUCACUGCAAAUAUGUGUAUCAACCCAUGACACCAGUGGGGCAGCUGCCCAGCACGUCAGUCCCAGCUACACCUACUGAUCUCACAGACACUAUGGAUAUCACUGUCUCACUGACCGAACGCUUUCUAAAGACUGCCUCCUUCUUCCAGCCACCACCCUGCCCAGAGUCGCCCAAGUACUGCCUGAUCUCAGACCUCUUCAUUGAUGACUACCAGGUCAAGCGCAUCAACGGCAAGAUGUGUUACGUGCAGAGACCUCCCCCGCCACCGCCACCCCUCACACUGCAGCCCCAAAACCAAGCCAUCAGACGGGCUGCAAACUGCAAACAGGCAGUCCCAGGUUCAGCAUCAGGAAAUGGGGCCAAUGAAAAGGUGAACGUGCCCAAAAUGGACCACUGUUCCUCUCCGUCAAGCUCAGAGGAUUCUGGGAUUAAUGCCCUGGGGCUCCACUACCUGGAGUCUUGUGGUGAAGACUCGGAGGAUGAAGAUGAGCUGAGUUCGAAUGAGGUCUCCAGCCCUGGCAGUAUAUGGGACCAGGACGAGUGCUCCCUGCUCUCUCCCUACAAAUCGACUAUCGAAAUCAUUGAAAAUAUAGAAACGACUGUUUAACUGACCCACAUCCCAUGGAACAGGUGGGGAAACAGUUUCUAGUUUUGCUAAAGGGAAUUUUGCAAGCAAGAAAGACGCUCUAGUCGUCCCUUGUAAAGCCUAAAGGAUUUACAGAAACUUCAGGUCCAGCCAUAUUACUCACCUUAAAACAAUCGUUUCUGAUGCGCUCACGUUGCUGUCUUGUUUAAACAAUUUUCAGUUGCUUAAACUCGCUGAUGGAGAGGAUAACCACGUGCCUCUAUGCUACUUCCUGUUUCUUGUGGACACAUUCCCAAGCAUGGUUUCUUGUACACAGAUUCUAGCAUGGUCUUGUAUUUCCUACUAGUGUUGACAUAUUAUAUAAAAAACAUUAAAACACAGUAAUUUUUAAUCACUGCCUCUGUGUUUUUGCUGUUACAAAGAAGCAUAAGUAAACUGCCAUGUAGUGUCACUAUGUUAAGUGUAUUCUGAACAGAGAUAGCAUUUUUAAUUGAGUUGACCUUGGUGGGGCAGAAGCUAAUUCACUAUCUUAAGUUUACAGAUCUGUGGGCCUGGCUUUUAACCAGCUCAAGUGAAACAAUAUUGGUGUUCUUUAACCAUUAGUCUCCACAAUAGUCACAAAACCCCCAGUACAAUUUGACAGAAUUGCCAGUCUCUGCUUGACGCAGGACUAAAUGGCAGGUGAUGUUCAGGUCAGGGUUGAGGUGCACUAUUAGAGCUGUAAGAAGGGAUUAAACUGACUAUAGCUACUGUAAUGUCAUUAUCGCUCACCUUUUAUGAGCAGUAUAUCUUUAAUUGAAAAAAAAAAACUGAGGAGAAUAUGUUAAUGCCACAAGAGAAGUUUCAUUAGUUGAACUCACUGUAAAUCAUGCAUGAGCAGCUCAUAUGUAGGGGUCUACUUAAAUCGCGGUGAAUCUACGCCAUUUGCGGGAGUAAGUUAUGGAAUAGAAUUAAGAUUUUGCAGACUUUUCGAGGACCUGUUUAAAAAUUAAAUAAACCUAAGUAGACAAUAUUUCAGAGCACUAUAAAAGCCUAAAAAUAGUAGUACUUG